AUGCCCAUCGAUUUCGAAGACCUCAAACAAUACAAUGAGGCAAUCAACUGCAAGGGAGAAGACGAAGAAGCGCCGGCUCCGAUUCUGCUCGUAUUUUACACCGACAGAAAGUAUGAAUUAGUUCCAAUCAUUUAGAUAAACCAGUACCGCGUGAGACUUCUUCCUAUUACCGAGCUGCCGAUUGUUUCGAACUUCUCCAAUGUUUCUCAAAUCGGCUUGAAUUCUGAGGACGUCCUCGUCAUUGACUCGCCUAUCGGAGCGGAAAAGAAACAGAAGAAAUUGAAUGUACCGAAUGUGAUACACGCGGAGAUAGAACAAGACGAACAAAUGGAAAUUGGCGAGGAAGAAGGCGACAAAGAGAACCAAGGGAACGGCGGACCUUUGGAGACCACUUUCCUCACUUUGGACAAACUUAGGAAAAAUAUUGGUGACGGUUAGAAGUCUAGGCACGAAACAAAAAACGAUUGUUUUGUUUUUCAGAGAACAACAUCGAGAUUGCGGGAUUCGACUGUGAAGCGACCAGUUUCGAUGCUAAUCCUAUUGCACACGAGAAAGGAAUUUCUCUGCUCAGAUAGUAAGUCCCUCCCCACUGCUCACUAACCGAUCUUUUCUUGCAGUAUUCGUCUGAAUGGAUCCGAACACUUCUCUACUGAACUCUCCAAGCUACCGAUCUGGAUCUCCACGGCCGCCACGGACAGUCUGUUCGUCUGCUGGCUGGCAAUGGGCCGCACCAACAAGAAUGUGCAGUUUUCGGGGAGCACCCGUGUGCUCGGAUGUCUGAACGAGAACAGCGAAAAGAUGGUCAAUCAGUUGAACGAGGCGUGCGGCGGAGCACAGGUCAACCGGUACCGUGCCGUUUACGACGGGAUUCGCAGAAUUGCGACGGCGACUCGCGAGACUCCGGGAGAAGUGAUUGUGGAUAUGCGUUGGAAUACGAAGGUGAGAGCACAGUUCAUAAGGGACCCUCAAGGAGCGAAUGGUCUGGUUGCAGAACAGUCUGGUCCUUCUGGAACAGCCAGUAAAUGCUGCCGAGUGCACAAUCAAGAUCGACCUGGGAUGGAGAGACAACCGCUUUUUCAUCGACGAAUCCAUGUUCGAGCAACUUUUCUUCGUUCUCAGUCUCGCCGACGUGCUAGCUAAUCCCGAUAAGGAAGUUGUUUUCCCAAGUGAAUGGGAGAAGUUCGACGACCUCGUCAAGCUGAUGAACGAGCUCAUCGAGACGUGCUCCAACGAAGACAAUGUGUUCGCGUCGAACGACGUGUAAGGAAUCGAGGGAAACAACAGAAAUGCAUGAGAUUUUCAGGAGCGAAGAGGUCACUGACAAGGUCUGGAACAUUGUUCGCCGUUGCCAGGACAUCAAGCAGGCGACUCUUCUGUUCAAGAACUUCCUUCAAGCUCUCACCUACGGAAAGAUCAAAUCGCACGUUCUGGAGCACAACAACAGCCAUCUGGCGUCGCUGAUCCGUGAGUCGAAGACGUGUGACUUCAGAAUGCCGAUUCUCGAGAGACUGAGUACGAUCAACAUGAUGAUGGAGAUCGGAGUGGAGAGUCUCAGAGGGUUUGUGUAUUACCAAUCUACUUGUUGGAGUUCUCUUUUCAGACGUAUUGUGAACAAAUUUGCGAGCACUCUGAAAUUCCCGAGUGACGAGAUCUCUCUUGUUCUGAAAGCGUGCGAGAACGAUUUGAAGCAAGGAGAGGGGGCGAUGAAUCCGAGUGUCGUCUCCCUUCUUCCCAUCACAAUGGCGCUUUCGACGGUCAGCCAAAUCUUCGGACUUCUCAACGAAAAGGACCACGUCAUUCUGCCUGAUCUGGCCAGAAGAGUGCUCACAAAGUACACGAGCAGUAUGGUCGAGAAGAGCAAAAAAGGAGAGACCGAGACCAGUUACACGUUCGAAACGACUCUUCCACUCCUCCGCAUCAACAAAGAAAAGUUCAUGGACAAGAGACCGCGCAUUUGGACGUGCGAGAACACGAAGACGGUCGGAGCCAAUGUGCAGAGCAGAAUGAUGACUUCUCUCGAAUUGGAAUGCUCUUUGGAGCACGUGAGCCGCUUUGUCAACUCGGUUCGUCCGACGCGUGAAACUGAGCCGAACGAAAAGCAGUUCUUGGAGGAGAUGAAAGCCGAUUACACCGUCUCCCACACCGUCUUCUCUUAUCUCCCAAAACUGUAA